AUGAAAAGUGACGAAAAAAAGAUAAAGCUAAAACCUCCUAGUCCGAAUUUACCUGUCGUGGCUUCGUCGAACAGACUAAAACCAUGUUCUAAGCCACGUGAGAACCUGAGUUUAUCUCAUUCAGAAUUGCCCGCUCUGUCACCAACACCUAAGUCGCCCUGUUUCGUUCAUUCCUGUAUCGAUCAAACGCUUUCAAUAUCCGAAAUUAUCAACAGGUGUGAUAAUGAACUAACGGAAUAUUCAAACUUGGCGGAAACUGCUGUCAGCGUACGAGAGCUAUCCAAGAAGCUUGGUCAGGCCCGUAUCCAAGGCGUCAUGCAAACUGUCAUGAUAGUCACGAAACCUGGUGAUGCACGCUCGAUUAAGGUUACGCGCGAAUUGGCCAUGUACCUAAUCACCAAUCCUCGCUUUGGUAAAGAUCAUGGUGUCACCGUGUACGUGGACAUAAUAUUAAAAGAUGUCAAAAGAUUUGAUUAUAAAGGAAUGUUAGAAGAAUCACCAUUGGUUAAAGAUUAUUUGAAAUUCUGGACCAAUGAGUUGUGUGCUGAACGGCCAGAGAUAUUUAAUCUUGUUCUAACGCUUGGUGGUGAUGGAACAGUGCUGUAUACAUCUUGGUUGUUUCAAAAAAUUGUACCACCGGUCUUACCCUUUCACAUGGGUUCACUUGGAUUUUUGACAAAUUUUGAUAUGAAGAAUUAUAAGGAACAUCUUACAAACGCUAUGGAGAAAGGCAUUCGAGUGAACUUAAGGAUGCGUUUCACUUGCACCGUGUAUCGCAGAGUGGCGAAUCCAAAUACCAAUAUUAAAGCGAAACGAUGUGCCGAAACUGGUGAAAUUAUGAUGAAACGUUAUAUGAAUGAUGGUGGAAGUUGGGAAGCCGUCGAGUCUACCUCACAUGCAGAUGCCGUUCGUCGAUACACUCAAGACAAAGAUUUGCCAUGUCUAGUCACUCAACCAGAGAAAUCUUUUGAGGUGUUAAAUGACUUGGUGGUGGACCGUGGGGCCGAUCCAUACAUGAGUAUGCUCGAAUUGUUUGGUGAUGACCAGCACUUGACGACGGUUCAAGCUGACGGGCUUGUCAUCGCCACACCUACUGGCUCAACUGCAUACUCUGUGUCGGCAGGUGGUUCACUCGUGCAUCCAGCAAUAUCCGCACUGUUGAUUACCCCAAUUUGUCCGCACACGUUAUCUUUUCGGCCAAUGCUUUUGCCAGAUUCCAUGGAACUAAGAAUAUGUGUUCCGUAUAAUAGUCGUAGCACUGCAUGGGCAAGUUUUGAUGGACGAGGUAGAAUUGAGUUGCGACAGGGUGAUCACAUAAAAGUCACUCCCUCAAAAUUUCCGUACCCAACAGUCUGCCACGAAUCGCAAUCGCGAGAUUGGUUUAACUCAAUCUCCAGAUGUUUACGUUGGAACGAGCUCGAUGAUGCCAGCGAACAAGAAUUAGUUGAAUCCGGAGAUGAUCAACUACGAAAGGCAAGUAAUGAUGUAAAUGGUAAUAAGCCUUCGCAUCAUCGCCAUACAUCGAGUAAAACACACCAUGAGUUUGCGUUCGCUUAUUCUGGUAAGGACGGAUCAGAUUCGAGUAGUAAUAAUAGCAACAGCGGAGGGGAAGAGGAAUGGAGAGUGGUCAUGCGUAAAAACAGAAAAAAGAAAUAA